ACAAGGUGUUAAAAUUUUUCUGUUGAUUAAUUUUCAAUUUCAUACAGUUGUGGAAGGAAGCUAUUGUAGUCUCCUCCUCUUCAUCUUCUCCAAGUAAAGUAUGGCUGUAGAUCUAUGGAAAAUACUGAAAGAUUCAAUCACACCUCUCUCUGACAACAUAUUUUACUUUCUACUAUGUUGUCUCGGAGAUUUCUGGUUCAGCUGAUCAUGGUUGCCACCACAGAUUUCGAGGAAGAGAUGCCACCCACAAUUCAGCUUGGAGAGAAAUCUGAAGAGGAAGUGAUGGGUUUGAUUCAAAGAAGAUGGCAAUUAAGGCUCAGAUCUAUCAUAUUUCUCAGAGCAGGUAGGAUAGCAAAAAAGGAAAAAAUGUUAAAGAUUGUUGACCAGAAUCAAUUUACAAGUGGAUGACAUUUCCAUUCCAUUUGACCAAGAUUUUGUAUACGACUCUUACUCCUCAUCAAAGCUCACUAACAUCCCACAAUUUUCACCCAAUAUUUUUUUGCGCACACUGAAGUGAAUAAACAAUCUAAAGGAACUUAGGAGAUUGAAGCUUUUAUGAUGUCAUUUCAAAAACAAGAAAAGAUUGAAGCUGUUGUGAUGGAAGAAGGAAAUUCUCCUGUAAGGAGAUGGGAGGACCUUAAUAUUGAUAUGCUGGUGAAUAUAUUCCAGUCCUUUGACCUUUUCCAGUUGAUCUCUGUAAUUCCUCAAGUUUGUCCUGCAUGGCAAUUGGCUUGUUCUGACCAACGUCUCUGGAAAACACUGGACUUGUCAGUAAUGCAGUCAAAUUUCAUCAGAAUUAGAGCACCGCCGUAUGUAUAUGUCGACACUCCAUCUCGUGAAAAAUUGACCCGCAUCCUAAAGAUUUGCUUGAACCUUAGUCGUGGAAACAUACUGACCUUGAUCUUCCAUUAUAAUUUGUAUGUUGACGACAAUCAAUUGACUUAUACUGCCAAGAGGUGUCCACGGCUUAAACGCCUUGUUAUGCCUGCUUGGGAAAAACUAAAAAAGCAAACAAUAUGCAGUGCUUUUCAUGAAUGGAAAGAUCUUGAAUCACUAACGAUGCCUAGUUUAGAAGAACCUGCAUAUGUCAUCGAGAAAAUUGGAAGGAGUUGCAAAAAAAUUUCUGAGCUAAAGAUUAUGGCUCCCUGCGAUAUACUGUUUGCAUCUGCACUGGUCUCAUUUCUUCCAAACUUGAAAGUGUUGAGUGUGAGGUGUACAGAGUUAUCUAAACAUGCUUUGGUUAUUCUCUUGGAGGGGUUAAAAAAGUUGAAAGUGCUCAACAUAUCGCAUUGCAUAAUUACUGAAGACCUUCCUCCACCUGCACCAAUGAAAAUUCUGACCGAGCUUGAUGAAUCCAUUCUGGAAAAAGCGUCUAGGUUAGACAAAUUCCUAACCUGCAUGAGUGACUCGUGCAUCAUGUGUCAGCGCACUCAAAAUGAUGAAGGGUUCAUGAGGUGGUAUAAGUAUGCAGACCUCUGGAAAGUGGAUGAGGUGAAGUCUCUUGCAAUUUGAAAACUUUAAGAAUGUUUUGCUUCAUUAGUUGAAGGUGCAGUAUAAUGUGUAAACUUGUGUGUAUGAAACACAAUAAAACCUUUUAAUGCUACUUCUGUGUUGUAAGUCUAUUCUCUUUGACUGGGUGGUUUUCAUGUUCUUCAUGUUUCUAUGUUCUUUUAUGCUU